AGGAGGAGGGCCCGGCGUGGUCAGCAUGUUCCUGGACGAGGUGCACGCGGGGGACCGGCUGAGCGGGGCCGCGGCCCGGGGCGACGUGGACGGGGUGCGCAGGCUGCUGCACCGCGAGCUGGUGCACCCCGACGCCCUGAACCGCUUCGGGAAGACGGCGCUGCAGGUCAUGAUGUUUGGCAACCCCACGGUGGCACGGGAGCUGCUGAAGCAAGGGGCCAGCCCCAACGUCCAGGACGCCUGGGGCACCAGCCCAGCGCACGACGCGGCCCGCACCGGAUUCCUGGACACGCUCAAGGUCCUGGUGGACCACGGGGCCGACAUCAACGCGCCCGAUGCCAGCGGGGCACUGCCCAUCCACCUGGCCGUGCGCGAGGGCCACACCGCCGUGGUCCGCUUCCUGGCCGCCGAGUCGGAUCUGGGGCACAGGGACGCCGGGGGUCGCACCCCGCUGGAGCUGGCGCGGCAGACGGGGGCUCGGCACCUGCUGGACAUCCUACAGGGCCGUCCGCUGUGACCAGGGCUUUCCCUGUUCCUGCUGCCCCUGGCGGAGGAGCGCCCGUUUGUUUGUGGUUUCUGGGGUGUGUGCGAGUGAGUGUGUGUGUCUGGGGGACAUUUCUGCCUUGUUCUCUAUCUCUCUUGGGAUGGGCUCCUGGGGCCACGGCCGCGUACAAAACGGUUCAGUCUCCCCCGCCUAGUCCAUGGCUCCAGGAGCCCCUGCCAGCCCCGGGUCCUGUGCCAGGGCUUCCUGGCCGCUGUCCCCGGCGGGACUCCGGGUGGGACGGGGUGCACCUGCUCGGUGGGCGCAGGGGAGACGGGUGCGGCUGGCUGGGGCUGCGGGGCAGCCUUCCCCAGGAGGAAGGCCACAGGAGCUCGCGCUGCGUGGGAAAGUUGUGUUGCAGCCUCCUGGACAGUGUUGAAAACAAAAACCAAAAAAAAAAAAAAGGCAAGCCCCAUAGAUUCUAUUUAUUCAGUUUUAUGAAAAAGAAUUGUUGUGUGAUAAUUUAAUGUUUUUUUUUUUUACUCAUUAAAUUAAAAGUUGUGCAUGA